UUCGCCUCCCUGUUAGUUUGAAAAGAAUAUUUCUCAUCGCAAGAAGCUUGCACCAUGUCGUUGCCCACGACCAGAGCGACCACGGCAACGGCCACCCACGCGGUGGUCCAGGCCGUUGAAACUUACAUCCAGAACCAGAAUCUGCUGGGCGAGAUCGCCGAAUUGGACGACAUGCUUUACGACCUGGUAGACAUGCACAAAAACAACGAGCUGGCUCUGAAGCGGGUGCUGCAGUGCAUCCACAACCUGCUGCAGACGAACAACAAGUGGAACGUGCGCUUUGGCCCAAAGGUGUUCCACAAACUAGUUUCCGUUGUGAUUGCAGAUAGCCGGGAGGAUUCUGCCAGCCGGCGGCAACUGGUGGCCAAUCUACUGGUCUGCGUGCAGCUCCACGUCCGGAAGUUUCCACGCAUCGAGGCCAAGUUCGUGCUACAGCAGCUUUGGUCGCUGAGCCAGAGCAACGAGCACCAACCUCAUGCAGCGCAGAUACUGGUGCAUCUAUUUAACGAGUUUGUAAACAACCUAGAACCGAACUUCGCCAAGGAACUGCUGCCUGUCAUUCAGAAUCUGCUGCAAUCGGAGUCCCGCGAGGAUCGCCGCUCUGCGUACUUCCUCAUGCACAAGUUGCAGGAAAUCAAGGAAGUGCUAGAUGUGCUCCAAUGCAGCGAACUGCAGUGGAACGCGUUUGUUGGCAUCAUGGAUAACCUGGAGGAGCAGCAGUCGCACCUUGUGCUGCCCACGUUAAGCACUCUGCUGCCUCGUUUGGGACUGAUGUCCAAUAACUUGAGUAUAGAUUGGAUGGCCUGGCUGAGGAUUCUGUGCAUCCGCCUGUUAGGCGACAACAACAUCCUUGUUCUGCGCUGGACUCUGAAGUUCUUUCUGACGCAUUGCAGUCUGGAGAAGCUGAACCUAUUCAACCUGCUACCGGAAUUUCUUUCCGCCACCAAUCGAACCCAGCUUUACAAUCCUGAGGUACCUGACUGCCUUACACAGCAACAUAUCAACGAUUUCAUGGCCGACUAUCCGGCAGAAUCUCUGCUCGAGGCCAUCGUCAAAGUUCCAUGGCAUUGUGUUCCUCUUCUCCAUUGGCUGGAGGGCUGGGAGCUCAAGCAGUUACCGGUGGUUUCCAAGGAAUUGCUCCUUCAGUUGAGCGCUCGCGUUCGCGUCCUACAAAAUCCUAUUCUUCGCGGUGCUGCUAUUAAUAAAGUGAUAUUUUCACUGAAUGACACAAUUGAUAGCCUUUCAGUGGGCGACUACCUGUUGUUCAUCGAAUCUUUGUUCAAUUCCAUCGACGGGUACGCUGACCACCAUCGGCUAAUAGACAAAAUCGAAAAGUGUAGUGACUUGGAGGAGCACAUUGCUAGUUUCACCAGUCGUUGUUGUCAGCUCGUUUCUAAAGCUAGCUAUAAAUAUGAUGUUUUUGUUGUGUUUUUGAAAAAAUUACGGACAGUGCCAAAAGAAAAGCACGGCUGGUGGCGUCUAUUACCCGUUUUUCUACACUUAGAGCUGGAUAGACCCGAAGAAUACCUGGAUUUUUAUCGCAGCGUAUAUGAGGUGGAUACAUCUUUACUCACCAGCUGUGUGCGUCUAGAGGAGAUGCAGCAGCACAUUCUUGAGCGCUUGAAUUGCCAGACCAGAGAAGAAAAGUCCUUUGUGCGAGAGCACGCCGUCGACCUCUUUGUUAAGAUUAAUAUACCAACGUGGAGCAAGUUGGAGCAGUUAAACCUUAAACCUUUGGAACUGCUCGAUCAGGGCACGCAGGACACAUUUUCCACUUUGUCGCGUAUCUUAUCCACCCAUAAAGAGCCACUGCGAGAUCAGAACUUGUUGCCUGCCAUGAUUUCCCGAUUGGAUAGACGAAAGGUUCCGGAAACGCUAGCUAUCUUGCAAUACGCAGUAGACAAUCUUACUUCGGAAGAGUACGAAAAAUGCGUAGUGGAUGUUUUGGACAAAAACACUUUCUUGUUGGGUGCCAUGGACAGCCAGAAUUACAUUAAGGCGCCGUCUUGGUAUGUUUUAAAAAGGCUGUUGGAAGGAGAAACUACCACUGGCGAUGCACGCAUAGAACGCGCUUUUGAGCUAAGCUUUGGCCAGAUUUCAGAUGCAGAGGCCAUGGAUCGUGUGCAAUUUAUAAACUAUGCAAAUAAGUUCCAAGAUUUAGAUGUAAGCAGCAUUUGUGAUAAUUUGCUGGCCAUGAAUAACGAACUGUCCAGAAAAAAGCCACGUUAUUUUGCGAACUGCAAGGAACAUAGAACUAAAAUGCGGAUAGGCAAAGCGUUGCUUGAUCUAAGUGAUCGGUGGAAAUGGUCAAAUGAGCUGUGGGAGGCCGCAUUGUGUCCCAGCGAUCAGCCUAACAUCAGCUUCAUGUACGAGUACCUUGUGGCAAAAAUGUUGCCUAGCAUCGACCCUUUGCUGGAGCGACUUAAGCUGCUUCCAACUCUUAAGCCCAGCCAACAAAUGUCGCUGGUCUCUGUUGCUCACACUUACUGUUUGGGUAAAUGGCAAAGCCUGAAACUGGAAUUCUUAACACAAGUCCUUGAAGUUAUAUUGCCUCUCACCAUGGGAGCGAAUUUUCAGACUCGUUUGCUGGCUCAGUUGGUUCUGCAUCGUCUUUGUACUGAAUCCGAAAAUCGCAGCAUUCAAUUGCCAAUAAGUGGCGCAUUGAAAAAAUCCAUUGAGGUUACCUUAGGCGACAAAUUGAAUGAGUUUCAAAACGAAGCUCGGCUUUUGCUACCGGAACUAGUCUUAGAGUGUCCAGGGAAUAUUUCUGAUGCCAUUCUUUGGAUGACAGACGCUCCCUUUGACGAGAACAUAGGAUUCAUUAACUGUCGGUAUAACUUUAGACAGAAACUUGAACGCACUCGUUGCACGUUCAAAGCGAAAAAGUUUGCAUUAACACCUGAGCUGGCAUCACCUUCGGCUGCAUCCAAUGGAAAUGUGCAACGAAAAAUGAAUCCGGUCGGCGAUAUAUAUCCAGAGAGCGACUUUGUCGAUGCUACCAAAGAGCCGAGUGACCACGAGCUAAUUGUGGUGGCUUCCCUUAUCGACAAACUGCCCAAUUUAGGAGGACUGGCGAGGACGUGUGAAGUGUUGGGCGUUAAGACAUUGAUACUCGGUCUAAAAUCACAGGCUGAGAAAAGCGACUUUACCAAUUUAAGCAUGACUGCUGAAAAAACGUUGACGAUAGUUGAAGUAAAACCGGAAUCGCUCGCCGAUUUCCUGCUAGAGAAGCAAAUGGAGAACUAUAAAAUCGUUGGGGCCGAGCAAACUGCACACAGCACAAGCUUCGUUGACUUUAAGUUUCCCAAAAAAACCAUUCUCUUGUUGGGUCACGAGAAGCAUGGAAUACCUGCGGACCUAAUUGGAUUCUUGGAUUACGCCGUAGAAAUUCCACAGUUUGGUUUAGUGCGUUCCUUAAAUGUUCAUGUGACUGGAUCCCUUUUUAUUUGGGAGUACUGCAAGCAGCACUUGCCCAAGGAGUAA